AUGAAGUUCAAGGCUCUUGAAGCUCAAGGAAUUCCAAUCAUGAAACAUUCUAUGGUCUUUGGUCAUCUCGAGUCUGUCGGAAAGCUCGUUUCCUCUCUCCCGUCGGAUGCCCAUGGCGACUAUUUAAUGAUGAUGAUCCGAGAGAAUUGGCGUGAACUUUUCCCGCAGUGCACAAAAUGCCCACCUGUCGCCUACAUCGAUACAUGGCCUUUCACCGCACCCAUGAUGAUAUCUCUCAAUCUUGAUGUGUCAAAUCAGUUCACCACACAACAUUCCCUGCCCAAGGCGUAUGAGCAGAAACAUGUUCUUUACCCAUUGACAAAGAACCUUGACAUAUCCUCUAUGGAGGGCGAAGAGUGGAAGAUCUGGCGUAAGAGGCUCAACCCAGCUUUCAGUGUCCAGAAUAUCAACAGCCGCCUCCCAGACAUUCUCCAAGAAGUCGAGGAAUUUGCGGCCGUUCUCAAGAGUAAGGCAGGUAAGGAUGGCCAGUGGGGAGACGUUUUCUUAUUUGAGAAGGCUACAACGAAUCUUGCUUUCGAUGUCAUCGUGCGUUUUUUCCUAGAUAUUCGCUUGAAUGAACAAUGGGGAAAGAACUCACCUAUGUGCCACGCUCUUCAAGAUACCAUUUCUAGGAUGUACUUCUUUGUUAAUAUCACCAAUUUCAUCCAGUACUACAACCCAUGGCGUCAUUUUAAACUAUGGAAGAAUUACAAAACUCUGGUUGAGAGUCUAGCUCCCACGAUUCAAGAACGCAUGAGCGCACUCCAGGAAGAUCCAACCGCCAAAGGAAAGACACUCGUCGAUCUUAUUGUCCGGGCGCUUCAGGAAGAAAAAGCUGAACAGCAUGGCGUCGUUAACGAAGGUAAAGGCCAAUCCGCCUUGAAGUUCGACUCCGACUUUAUGGACAUGGCUGUAGGUCAAAUGAAUACCUUCCUGUUUGCUGGUUUUGAUACCACUGCGGCGACCAUAGCAUGGCUGUUCCGCUUAUUGUGCCAACACCCAGACGUCAUGGCCAAGCUACGAGAAGAGCACGAUGCCGUCUUAGGGCCGAAUGCUUGGGACGCUGCAAACGUGAUAAAGAAGGAUCAUCAGUUGGUGAAUCAGCUCCCAUACACCCUAGCUGUUCUCAAGGAAUCUAUGCGAUACCACACCAAUGUUGGCACCAUGCGUCGUGGUGAACCGGGUUUCUUUCUUAUUGGUCCUCCUGGUUCCGAUCCUGGCUUUAAUGGUAAGAAGUUGCCCACCGAAGGCUUCGUUAUCUGGGAUGGCUCUUGGGCAAUCCAUCACGACCCUGAUAUCUGGCAUCGACCGGAUGAGUUUAUUCCAGAGCGCUUCCUCGUCACCGAUCGUCAAGAUCCAUUGUUUCCGCCAACUAACGGUUGGCGAUCUUUCUUGGCGGGGCCUCGGAAUUGCAUUGGGCAGAAUCUUGUUGUACUUGAGAUCAAGUUGGUCAUGGCACUGGUGACUAGAUGCUUUGAUGUUGAGGUUGCAUGGGAGGAAUGGGAUCGAGUCAAGUAA